AUGGCCGAGACGGGGGCCGUCGAGGGAGAGGAAGUGGGCGCCGAUACAGGCAAAGAGGCGGCGGAGCCGCCGAUCUUGACGCUGACGUGGAUGAAGCCUGAGGGGGCUAUGGAAGUCUUCGACUUUCACUACGAGGCGUCAUCGUUUCUUGAGCAGCAACGUCGGCUUGGCGAUCUGUAUUACAGUCUCCAGCCGGACUGUAUUUCGGAACCGCGUCCUCCAGUGUCAUUAGAGGAGAAGCGUCUUUUCCGGAGAUGGCCCGUCAUACCUUCCAAUCGGUCGCAAGUAACAAUGCUUUGA